AUGGCUACAUCGGAUGGACUAGACGGCUGUCUGCAACGAGGCAGAUCUCAAAGUGACCCGAACAUACUCACCGAACCGGGGAUCGAUUUGGCUCACGGCACAGUAGAGGUGGUAGACCAGCAGAGGGUGCUGAGGACAGGUUGCCUGGUGACCGGGGUCCACACUCCACCCAUUCGACGGAACAGCAAGCUGGCCACCCUGGGGCGCAUCUUCAAGCCCUGGAAGUGGAGGAAAAAGAAAAAUGAGAAGCUCAAGCAGAGUUCCACAGAUGUAGCAUUAUCCAGCGGUCUUCUAUGCCACGACCCAAGUUCCCCCACCCAGGGCUGCUGCUCAGAUGGCGCAGUCCUGCUCGGAGGAUUCGGGGGGCCUUUGAACCCAAACCUCACAGUCAGCAGCGUGGAAUACCUUGGUCCUGAGGAGGAGCAUCCCCCUUCAGUAGCUGCCCCUCUCCAGGACUGUGAACGAGUGGAAGACAAUGUACCGCUACCGGAGGAGGAGGGAGACGAGGAGGUGCACCCUGCCGGGGAUUUACCUGAGGGACUGCAGGACAUGGGAGACCAGAUGGAAGAAAGACCCGAAGAGGAGAUUCUUCCAGGAACUUCCCCACCACAAGUACCUCCAAAAUUUAUGCCCCAGCUGAGUACUGGAGAUGAUUCAGGCCCUGUGUCGCUCCCUGCUCACCUGCCCAACUCCUACCUCCCCAAGGAACCUCUGCCCAGGGCCACAGAAAGCCUCGCUUCAAUGACCCUGCCGUUACGAGGGCCCCUGGCCAACCCCUCAGGGUCCCCACAUCUAGGCAAUAUGAUUCAUCCUCCCAUGCCCCCUAGCUGCAUUAUGGAGGAACUGCAGAGAGCCUUCGCUUCCAAGAACAGGCAGGAAAGUGUCCAUGAGGGUUGUGAGCAGGGCUCACCCCCGCGGCUGUGGUGUUCUGACGGGCGGCUCUCUCGCUCCUGCAGUUCUGAGAACCAACACACAGUAUCCUUAGUGGGUGGCUGUGUGGGAGGUGGAGGGUCUGAUUGGCCCAAGAAGGAGGCAGAGGAGAACAAGGAGAACGUGCGGCUGGACCAGUGCUUCUCCAACACCUCGGGCCUCCCCACCGACCUGGAUGGCUGGAACGAGUCUGUCAUCUCUGGCACACUUCCUCGCAGGCUAAGGAAGGAGUUGCUGGCUGUCAAGCUACGAAACAGGCCCAGCAAGCAGGAGCUGGAGGACAGGAAUAUCUUCCCAGCAAGAAGCGACCAGGAGCGCCAGGAAAUUCGCCAGCAGAUUGAGAUGAAACUCGCCAAGAGGCUGAGCCAGAGACCAAAUGUGGAGGAACUGGAGAGUCGGAACAUCCUGAAACAGAGGAAUGACCAGACAGAGCAAGAGGAGAGGAGGGAGAUCAAACAGCGGCUAAACAGAAAGCUCAACCAGAGGCCCACGGUAGAUGAACUGCGAGACAGAAAGAUUCUGAUCCGCUUCAGUGACUACGUGGAGGUGGCCAAAGCUCAGGACUAUGACAGGAGAGCAGACAAGCCGUGGACUCGGCUCUCGGCAGCAGACAAGGCUGCAAUCCGAAAAGAGCUGAACGAGUUCAAAAGCACCGAGAUGGAAGUGCACGCCUCAAGCAAACACCUAACGAGGUUCCACCGGCCAUGAAAGUGGGGAGUUUCUUCUGUGAAGAAAUGCUGAGCUUAGAAAUUUUUCUGAAGCUGCUACAAGCUGCUCAGCGAGUGACAGCUCAAAGAGCCUGAAGCCUUUUUUCGUCUUCGGCGCGUCUUUAACAUUCUUCCAGCACCCUUGACUAUCAUAUUAUCAGUAUGAGGGCACGGGUGUGGGAGAAAAGAUGACGGUUACGUUUGCGGCAGUGUGUCCUGGAGACUGCUGGACGUCGCCACGUGGAAGCUGGCUGGUGGAAGAGGACUUUGGUGGAGCCUCUGACUCUCAGGACGAGAGCGGAGGGGAAAAAAAAAAAAACAAUCUUGUCACAUUCAGUCAGUGUUGUUUUUUUUGUUUUUUUUUUACUAUUUCAUGGACAUGUUUGACAAGGCGGGGUGAAUCCGUGUAGUGGGAAGAAGUUGUGCAUGUGACCAGCUUCACCUUUUCUUAACUGAUGAAUAAUGUGUCACUUGGACUGUGUAAAGACUGUGCAGUCUGGGGGAGGAGGUACUGGGGACGAAUUUGAUAUUAACUGUACAUACAGUAUGUCAAUCUGAA